GCCGGGGGAGGGGCCCGCUGCAGGAGGCGCCUCCGGGGGAGCUACCCAGGCCAGGCCAGGGUCCGGACGCUCCGAAGCCCGCAGGGAUGGCGCUGGCAGCUGCUGCGGCAGCUGCGGCAGCGGGAGUGAGCCAAGCGGCCGUGCUGGGCUUCCUGCAGGAGUGCGGAGGCAAGGUGCGCAACUCGGAGCUCGUGAGCCGCUUCAAGCCGCUGCUGGACGCGGGGGACCCCGGCGGCCGGGCUGCUCGCAGGAGAUGUUUCAAGCAAUUCGUCAACGACGUGGCGGUGGUCAAAGAGCUGGACGGGGUCAAGUUCGUGGUGCUGCGCAAGAAGCCGCGCAUCUCCUGCGCCCCACCGCCCGCGCCCCCGACGCCGCCCGAAGCCGCUGGGGACCAGCUCCCCCGGGACCCGCCGACCUCCACGGCCCAGGAGCCGGCAGCGGACCCUCUGGCUGAGCCGCCACUGCAAGCGUCCUCCGAUCCAGCCGCUGCCCAGGAGCACGCGUCUCCGUCCCCGCCGUCGCUGGAGCUGCCCCCGACCCCGCCGUCGCUGGAGCUGCCCCCGACCCCGCCGUCGCUGGAGCUGCCCCCGUCCCCAGACCUGGAAGAAGGAGCCGCUGCCGCCGCCCCCACCGCAACUCCAGCCCUGCCGUCCGGGCACACGCCCGCGGCCCCUCCACAGACCCCGGCGGCGCCCGGAGAGCUGGCCCCGCUCCAGGCGCGGAAGCCCUGCAUGCUGCCUGUCCGCUGCGUCCCGUCGGUGGUCCGCGUCCGGACUGAGGAGCAGGGCCUGCGGCGGCAGCUGUCGGAAGAGCCGGCGGUGGCAGCUUCGUCCCUGCUGCUCGUGCCCGGGGACUCCCCGCGGCUGCGUCGGCGGCUCUCGGUGGAGGAGCCGGGCCUGGGUCUCGCACUCGGGGGCGGCCGGUCCCCUCACCUCCGGCGCCUGUCCCGGGCCGGCCCGCGCCUGCUAAGCCCCGAGGUCGAGGAGCUGCCUUCCGCCGUCCCCCAGCCGCCGCCCACCGUGCCCUUGGAGCCAGCCGAGCACGAGUGGCUGGUGAGAGUGGCCGGCGGCCGCUGGACUCACCAGCUUCACGGACUGCUGCUGCGGGACCAGAGCCUGGCGGCCAAGCGCGACUUCAUGUCCGGAUUCACGGCCCUGCACUGGGCCGCCAAGAGCGGCGACCGCGAGAUGGUGCUGCAGCUGGUGGAAGUGGCGCGCCGCGGGGGGGCGCCCGUCGACGUGAACGCCCGCUCGCAUGGCGGCUACACCCCCUUGCACCUGGCGGCCCUGCACGGGCACGAGGACGCGGCCAUCCUGCUGGUGGAGCGCCUCGGCGCGCAGGUGCUGGUCCGGGACCAUAGCGGGCGGCGCGCCUACCAGUACCUGCGGCCCGGCGCCUCGUACGCGCUGCGUCUGUUGCUAGGCGACCCCGCCCUCCGCGGCCCGGCCGAGCACGACGGCCGCGCCAAGCGGCCAGUGCAGGUGGCCGCCUCCAUCCUCAGCUCCACCACCAGCGCCUUCCUGGGCGUGCUGGCCGACGACCUGAUGCUGCAGGACCUGGCCCGCGGCAUCAGGAAGUCCGGCUCCUUCAGUAAGUUCCUGGGGGCCUCCCCCAUGGUGCCCCGAAAGAAGGCCAAGGCCAGACCGGUCCUCCCGGCCUUCCCUUCUGCUUCCACCCAGGCCUCCAUCGCGGGGUCCAAGCGCCGGCCGGGCACUGAGCUCUUCCAGAGCCAUUAGCCCUGCGUUGUGUCACAGUCGCAGGUCUGGCCACCACUGCCCGGCCUGCCACCCCAUGUCAUCCAUACCUGGUCCCCACUGCUCAGUCUCACCUUCUUCCACCCAAACCCCCAAUCUAGGCCUCCAUAGGGUGCUGGGGGAGGCCAUCAAUUCAUGCCUGAAUCUCCUGCGAGUGUCAGAUCCUCAGAGAAUUCACUAAUCAUUCAAAAAAUUCAGUUCGCAUUUAUAACUGCCCCUGGGUACUAAGGGUGAAAGGUUAAAAAGGGCAACAGCUGGUCUAGUCCCUUAACUGAAUAACUCAAUGUUUGUUGGUACCCUAUAUGCCAUACUCCUAGGCCAAAAUCAGUGACAUGGUGUAAACGUUUUGGGGUCAGUCCAUGUCAUCUGGCCCUGUGAGGUGUGACAGGUUGACAAUUCAAUUGUAUUUUGUUCUUAAAUGAAGAGGAGAAUCCGUAUUUUAUAAUGGUCUGCCUUUUUUGAAAUAGUGUUUAUUCUUUUUUUUAGGCAAGGUCUUCAUUAAGUUUUUUUUAACCACAUGGUUAACAUUUUAAAUACCAUUUUGAAGAAGAGCAGAUAUAAAACAAAUGUGUUCUAGCCAUCUGAAACUCCUGAAUUUUUUACCUACCUCAUUUUAGAAAACCUGGCUCAGAGCAGCCACUGUGACCAAUGUGAAUGUAAUUCCAGUUGUACUGUGAAUAUGAAAUGGGAUUCUUCUUGCAAGGACAUUUUAUACCUUAAAAAGAAGCAACGCCCAGAUAUUUGCUAGUGGAACAUAGAGCUAAUUAUUAAAGAGGGAGUUUUAUGCAGUGGUUUUCCCUUGAUUUUUAUGGUCCUAUUUAAAUGACUCAUGUACAUGAAAUAUAAAUGAGGCAUUUGACACCCAUGAGUUCACUUUUUUUGUAUGAAAUAUUUUUAAUGUUUUUAAAAAAUCCUGUGAUAUAUCUAGCAUCUUUGUGCCAUACUUUUGAAUCUGUGAAUCUGAUGUCUUGUUUUGAGCCUUACAGAUGUUUGUUUGUUGACAUUAUACAAUAUGGCAUGCUAAAUAUUUAAAGAAAACAGUAAAACAGCAUUCCAACUGAAAAGCAACUUGUUAAUUAUUAAUGUCUACACAUAAGGAAUGACUUGUGAAUUUAGGCUUUGAACAAACAAAGGAUAUAGUACCAGUUUUAAUAGGUUGUAUGAAAGAAAACAUUCUAAAAUAUCAGUGCAUCUAUUUGCUCAGUGAUCUUGGGCUUCUGUUUCUUCAUAUGUAAAAUGAGGGGGUUGUGAUAAGUGUUCUCUGCUCAUUUCAAGCUCUAAGAUUUUAUGAUUGCAAUGGAGUCUUUUUCUAAUUAUAAAGGUACCUAGGCAACCUUUUUCAAUCGAGUGAUGUUCCCAUUUCUACAGGUUGUCUUAGUGUCAAAGGAAUAGACUAGUUUUCUUUUGUAAAAGGUUGUCUCUUUUCCUUAAGACACAUUCUAGGGGGGCAUUUGAAACUGUUUGGAAUGUUUUUAUUCUGGAGUAAAUUAAACAAUACUUCCUCUUUUC